AUGGAUCUCCCCAGCUUCGCAGCCCCUCCAGCCAGCAACCACGUCAGACUCGGGCUGAUGGAUCUACCGGCAGAGCUCCACAUGCACAUCGCAUCAUUUCUGCCAUAUCCCGACGCCCUGGCCUUCAAGCACAGCAGCCGCCAUUUCUACUGUAUGGUGUAUACAGGCGUGCACCUCAAAGUAAACUGGUUCGUCGAGCGCUUCGAGCGCAAACUCGAGUGCCCCAUGGAGAAAUGCUCUUUCAGAACAGACGAGGCCUUUUGCAACGGGCGUAUUCGUCGGAUUAUGGAGCGCCGCCGUUGGCAUCUGGAGUGUCGGUGCACGAGGGGAGGCUGCUGGGUUGUCGAGGGCCAGACGUGCCGGACGGAUCUGGUGCCGACUUGGUUGAAGAGCCAGAGUCGACAGAAAGCUGUCCAGGCUUUUUCUGGUUGGGGGUGGGAAGUUCUUCUUGUCGCUCUCUUAUCGGUGUUGUUGAAUGUGCUAUGGGCCGGGGUGCAGAGCGGAUUCCGGUAUCCUGAUAUCACGACCAAGCGUUGUUGCUUGCUUGUAUAUUGA